GGAUGACUCAAGUGCUCUGUGUGUGGCUGGCAGUAGGACCGACUCUUGGAGUAGGAGUGAAAAGUGAGCGAGUGCCUUCAAGUCAUCCUCCAUCCAUCCAUCCAUCCUUCGUCUUGUCCCACUCAUGGUAGAUGGUACCUACACACUAAAAGCCAGUUGAGCUGAGAAGUGAGGGUCACACGGGAAACGCACUAGCCAGUCGGAUUCCGCCCCUGAACGCCCCGCCCCGCCCGUCUUGAACCUUAUUGGAGCCUAUUCCGAAGUGCUCCAUCCUGUGGGUGUGGUCGGAUUCAAGAGGGAAAGAGAGAGAGAGAUUUGGCGUGGGAGUGAGGUAGUCGGUCAUGGAUGACGUGCCACCUCUUGUUCCGCCCCCCGCCCACACCAUGGAAUCGGAACCGCAGCAUCGAACCCACCAUCAGCCCAAUCAUAGCACCGCUAAUAAUAACCAUUCUCAUACUAUCAAUAGCAGUAAAUCCAAUGUGCACAAGGAAUCGGAAAAUCUUUGGGCCACGGUUCUCUCUGAGGUUCAAACCAAUCGGAAUGCCCAACUACCCUCGUCCAAAAACUUGUUGGUUCUAGGUGAUAAAGAAUCCGGGAAGACCACGCUGAUUGCCAAACUUCAAGGAAACGAAGAUCCCAAGAAAGGGGCGGGUUUAGAAUACAGCUACAUCGAUGUGCGGGAUGAGUAUCGUGAUGAUAUGACCAACGAAGAAUAUCUCGAAUAUUGGCUCCUUCCACCCUGGGAUCACACUCGUCUUGGGGUUUGGACCCUAGAUGGAGAUACCAGCCAUGUCAAUCUUUUGAAAUUCGCUCUGACCGAAUCCAAUUUUACGGACACAAGCGUGGUCAUUUGUGUGUCCAUGAUGGCACCGUGGAACAUCAUGGAUCAGUUGCAGAAUUGGGCUUCUCUCCUCCAAGAUCACAUUGACAAGCUAUCUCUUUCUGCUGAGCGUACUUUGGAACUUCAGAAUGAGAAUCGAAGAAUAUGGCAAAGCUAUGUGGAACCUGGAGAUGAUACUGAAGCGACCUCUUCAUCACCCACGAAGAGAAUCAGUCGCAACUUGGAAUUUGAGCCCGAAGAGGAUCUGCUUCCAUUACCCGAAAACACUUUGACGCGGAAUCUGGGUCUUGAUCUCAUCGUUGUCGUCACAAAAACGGAUUACAUGUCCGACUUGGAACGUGAUUAUGACUACAAGGAAGAGCAUUUCGACUUCAUCCAGCAAUCCAUCCGCAAAUUUUGUCUUCAAUUUGGAGCAGCCUUAUUUUACACAUCUGUUAAGGACGACAAGAACUGCGAUGUAUUCUACAAGUAUCUAGUCCACCGCAUCUAUGGGUUUCCAUUCAAGACACCCGCAUUGGUUGUUGAGAAGGACGCAGUAUUCAUACCUGCCGGAUGGGACAACGAGAAAAAGAUUGCCAUACUGUUCGAAAACAUGCACAGCGUGAAACCAGACCAAUAUUAUACAGAUGUUAUAGCCAGGCCAAUUGUUCGAAAACCUGGCGCUGCUAAUCGUGAUAUCGAGGUGGUUGCUGAGGAUGAGCAGCAAUUCCUUCUCCGCCAACAGCAAUAUUUGCUACAAGGCGGAGCUCCGCCUCCAAAUCUUGUGGGAGGCGGAGCAGGCGGGGCCCCAGCCGUUCAGAAGACCCCUGAUCGUAAAGUAAUCGGUUCGCCUGGCGUCCAGGGCUCGCCAAAGAAGUGGAGACCAGGAGUAAGUGUUUUUGCCUUGGGAAUGCAUUUUCAUCCAUUUGCCGUAAUCCAUUUACCAAAUAAUUGACUUGCCAAUCUCUGGCUUGUUCAAGAAUUUGGCAAUAGGUUAAAAAAUCCAACACGAAAUCUCAUGGAUGUCAGCUCUAAGACUCAUUUGGUAGUUCAAACGUCGAUCCGUACUCACAACUUGAAUGGAUGAUUGCUAAAAAAUAAAAAUCUUUUCUAAGCUGGGUUUGUCACUCGCAAUUGCCUGAAUGACAUUUAAAACUUGAACUACAAAGUGCUUUCUUGGCAAUUUUCAUCUCAAGUGGUGGGGAGAGAUCGGCAAAUUUACGACCCCAAUCAGAACUGACGUCGAUGAGGUUUCGUGUAGGAAUUUUCACCCUAUGGCAAAAUUCUCAAACAAGCCAGCCAGAGUGUGGUACAUCUAUAGUAACCCCAGAAUGCCGCCUUUUAUGUUGUCCUCAGAUUCAUCGUUUCAUUUCGAUAUACACAGAAACCAUCUUGGAAAACGCCAAGUGACACCACUUACGAAUUGUACAUACCGUGGUGAUGGUAUUAAUGCCAUCUGAAAACAUAAUUCCCCAGUGGCGACAUUUCUAAUGAUCUACUUAUGCUGACCAACCAUUUGGUUAUUAAUUGCUAAUGCUCAAUUGUUAUUUGUUUUAAGUCAAAGCGCCAGCCAUUUCUUCUAUCAUUUCAACCUA